AUGUUUUCUUCGAUACCGAAAGCAUAUAUUAUAACAAAGAGUUCUUGCUCUUCAGCAAAGCAAAAAAGGCGUUCUCCAUUGGCACACUGGUCACCGAUGCUAUAUUUGCCAAUUACCGAAUUCACCGUAACGGCACCUACCCCCGCAUUCCAGUCUCCCUCAAUUGAUGUCACAUAUCAGGUCUCGGUAGAAAUGUUGUUAAUAGUUGAAGCUCCGUGUGAACUUAUCCUUAUUGCGGUCAUCUGCGCAUAA